AUGACUCGGAACUCACACAACAGCCCUUUGCACAACACAACGGAAAUCCCAACCACUGCUUCUCUUUCUUCUUAGGUGCAUCGCUUCAUGGAGCUAUGUUGGGAUAAGUGUGUGGAGAAGCCAGGAAAUCGCCUAGACUCUCGCACUGAAAAUUGUCUUUCUAGCUGUGUGGACCGCUUCAUUGAUACCACCCUUGCCAUCACCAGUCGGUUUGCCCAGAUUGUACAGAAAGGACAGUAGGCCAUCUCUUAGGAACAUGACAGAAGCAGCAAAGGACUUGCUAUUAUUAACGUGUCCAUGGAGUAAGGAGGACAUCUAUUGUCAGGUGAUCAAGCUGAUGCCAAGCCUCUUGGUGCUAAAAAGUAACAGAUCAAAUGUUCAAAACAUAAAAUUUAUUUGAAAUUCCCAAACUCCAGAUUGUAUCUCAUCAGUUAUUUAAUAAAUGUGAAUUCUCCAA